CCUACUGCCGACCAAAGAUCGAAAUCGAAGGCACUUUGAGUCUGUGAUGAAAAGCGGGCCGUUUCGAUCAAUGAGUUUUUGCUUCUAAGUUUGGGCCCAAAUUAAAAACUUCGUUCUUGAUCUUGGAUCUUAAUUGAAAAUAAAAUAUUUUUGGAAAAAUAAGAAAGACACCGAGAGAAUCGAGUCGAUCGAGAUCACCGAAGGAAGAACGAUAAGCGUCCCCGUCGCCGCCGUCGCAGCUCACUUCCCCCAGCCCUGGCAGCUCGCUGGAUCGGAAGAAAGAUAGAGAAAGAGAUCGGUGGAUACCGGACAGGUGGAGAAGCAAAGCUGGCUUGAGAGGUCCAAGGCACCAGUGGAUCUCGGAGGUAGAGAGCGGUUGGCAAGGAUUCCUUUUGGCUCUCCAUUGAAUCGAAACUCGCUCUGCUCUCAAGAUCUUCGUCUUCCCUGAGGUAAUCUAUUUCAACAAGUUACCAUGGAAGCCGACUCCCUGGAUUUGCAACCCGAACCCUUACCACCAUCCAGUGAUCCACUAUCCAACAAAUUUGCCUCCCUCAAUGACCUGGCUCAUGAGCUGGCAUCCCUCCAAGACCUUUCCAACCGUGGUUCUUGGCGGUCGAUUCUCGAUAAGGUUGCUCGAGCACGGUCUCUAUCCCUACUGACAACGCCUCAUGAUCACCUCACGUAUUUGGCUUAUAACGUCCUUGCUUUCACCAAGCUUCGACGUUUCAAGGAAGCUUUGACAGAACUUGAAACAGUUGAUGAUUUCGAUAGUCACCACUACCGGUAUGAAACUUACCCCAAAAUCUACCCAACCCGGUCAGGUUCCAUGGUUCCUUUCUCCCUCCGGUGGCUUCACGCAUUGGUUCCUAUAAAAUUGGGUGACCGGCAAGAGGGAUUGGACCGGCUAUACCUUCUGCUCGAUUUUGUUCGAGGGAAGAUGAAGGAAAAGGAGGAGGUAGCCGCUUCGCUUGAUGUGUGGAGAAAGAGAGAGGUCUUUGUUGUGAACAACAUUGUUACGGAGCACUUGAAAGGUAAAGAGCAUGGGGUGUGUUUGGAUUUGAUCAAGUGCCUGCUGGCUCGGGGGGAUUCGGACCCGCAUUUGUUGUCGAAGUUAGGGUACAUACAGAUGCAAAUCGGGGAUCUAGAGGGCGCAAAGGGCUCGUUUGAUGAAGUGGAGAAGCAGAAUUCGCUGAAUGAGACUGAAUUGACAAAUAUGGUAAGCAGGAACAAGGCUUUGAUGUACUUGGUGGAGAAGGAUUAUGUCUCUGCUGUGAGAGAGUACGACGCCUGCAUCGAGCGGGAUGCCAUGGAUGCUGUGGCAAUCAACAACAAGGCAAUUUGCUUGAUGUACUUGAGGGACUUGUCAGAUUCGAUAAAGGUGCUGGAGACUUCACUCGAGAGGGUGCCCACGGUGGCACUGAACGAGACACUCGUUGUGAAUCUGUGCAGCAUGUACGAGUUGGCAUACGUUAAUCACUCCGACAUCAAGAGAACUCUGAGCAAUUGGAUUUCAAAGGUCGCCCCCGAUGAUUUCGAUUCCUCUUGUACUAGGAUUUGAGUAAUGCUGCUACAUGGUGUAAAUUCUUCAAAGAUUGGCUUACCAUUUUGAGGUAGAUGCCCAGAUUUGUAGCCAAACCUCGCAGCAUAGAGCGCCUUCAUUCGAAUGUGCAGCAAUGGAAAAAGUUGCAGAAUCAGAUCGCUUCAAGUUUGUGGCGGCUACCUUGUUUUGCUUUUUCAGGAACUUGUUUAUGGCCAGAUUCUCAUAUGAGAGGAAAGCAACAGGGUGGUGAAGAAGCUCUUUGCAAAUAAAAUUGUUAUCGUAUGCCUACCUAUAAAGCCAGCAGUGAAAGUAGAACAAGUUAUUGUAUUUUUUGUUCCAAUUAUGUCCUCGUUCCUUUUUUAUAAACCCCAAACUAGCCUCUCUUUUUUAGUCCAACUUUUUCGUCUCUUCUUUCCCAAUGAUCCCAAUAAC